AUGUCGCCCAAGAAGGUGGGCGAUGACAUCGUGAAGGGCACCAGUGCGUGGAAGGGCAUCCGAGUCACGGUGAAGCUGACCAUCCAGAACCGCGCGGCCAAGGUGGACGUCGAGCCGAACGCCACCAGCCUCAUCAUCAAGGCUCUGAAGGAGCCCCUGCGAGACCGAAAGAAGACCAAGAACAUCAAGCACAGCCCUGGCCUGAGGGGCCCAUCAGCCAGAGAGCACCUAAAAAUCGCAGGCUGCACCCAGGUACCAGCUCAAGCAUAG